CUCGGCGUGCGCUCCGAGCUCGUCGACGCCGUCGCUGCGCAGGGCCUCGCCGCGCCCUCGCCCAUCCAGCAGCUCGCCAUUCCGCGCUUGCUCGCCGGCGCGUCGGUGGCGAUGGCCUCCUCGACAGGCUCUGGCAAGACGCUUGCGUACCUGGUGCCGAUGAUGCAGCGGCUCAAGGAGCAGGAGGACGCGCGGCCCGAGCACAAGGCCGAGCUCCGGCCUCGCGCGCUCGUGCUCGCGCCGACACGCGACUUGGUCGAGCAGAUUGCCGCGCAGGCCAAGGCGCUCUCGCACGUGUGCCGCGUGCGCGUGCGAGCGCUCGCGGCGGGAGGGCGGCUGAGAGACCAGCGCAAGUCGCUGCGCACGGGCGCCGAUCUAAUCGUCGCGACGCCGGGCCGGCUCCUCACGCUGCACAAGUUGGGCGACGUGUCGCUCCGGUCGGUCGAGUCGGUCACGGUCGACGAGGAGACGAGAGACGCAGCCUGCGGAUGGGCGGGCGGGACCGGGCAUGGACGGGCUGGCCAGGGCGAACGGCACGCGAGGCACGACCUUUCCGGGACCCGUCCCUCGCGCGUGUGCUGUCUAGGCUGCUGCAUGUGGAGGGCGACAAGAUGGAGGCGCUCGCGCGGCGAGGCAACUCGCCCGAGCUCGCCCCGAGGUCACGCGAGCUCCCUCCCGAGCUCAGGUGCUCGCGCAGCGCGUGAAGCAGCUGGGCGCAGACACGCCCGCUCUCAUCUUUUGCCGCGGCAUCCGUGCGGCGCAUCCGCGCGCGCCGUCGGCAAGUCCCUCUCCGACGCGGGGCUCUCUGUCGCCGGCUGCCACGGAGGGAUGCCUCCGGACGCGCGCGCAGAGGCGAGGGGCGCCUUCAGCGACGGGCGGCAGAGCGUGCUCGUGGCGACCGACCUGGCGGCGAGGGGGCUGCACUUCCCGCGCCUGGUCAUCAACUUCGACUUCCCCGCCUCGUCCGCCCUCUACCUCCACCGCGCCGGACGCACGGCGCGCUUCGGCGCAACCGGAGAGGCUCGAGCCUUC